CGCCCCACUCGGGGCGGGGCUCCAGCGGCCGCGGGAUCUGCAGUUCGUACUACCCGCGCGCCACAGUCGCCGCAGUUCCCUCCACUCUGGUGGCCCCGCGGCCCUGCGGGGAUUCCGGGGGUCGGCUGGCCACUCGGACUUGGCGCGGGGCUGGCCCCUCCUCUCCCUCCAUCUGUGGGGUCUAGACGGUCGGGGCCUGGGGGAAAUGGAACCCUCUGCCACCACUGGGGGAUCGGAGACCACUCGCCUGGUGAGCCCCCGGGACCGCGGCGGCGCCGGAGGCGGCCUGCGUUUGAAGAGUCUCUUCACAGAGUCCUCAGAGGCCCUCCCUGAAGAGCCCAAACCUGUGGAGAUGUCCUUCCACCACUGCCACAGGGACCCCCAGCCACAGCUGGGUCUCACCCCUGAGAGGCUGCAGGCGCAGAGGCAGCUGUGUGCCGCCUGUGCUGUGUGCUGCAUCUUCAUGGCCGGGGAGGUGGUGGGUGGGUAUUUGGCCCACAGCCUGGCCAUCAUGACCGAUGCCGCCCACCUUUUGGCAGACGUGGGCAGCAUGAUGGGCAGCCUCUUCUCUCUCUGGCUCUCUACCCGUCCGGCCACCCGCACCAUGACCUUUGGCUGGCACCGCUCAGAGACUUUGGGGGCUUUGGCCUCUGUGGUCUCCCUUUGGAUGGUCACUGGCAUCCUCCUGUACCUGGCCUUCAUCCGCCUGCUGCACAGCGACUACCACAUCGAGGGGGGUGCCAUGCUGCUGACCGCCAGCAUCGCAGUCUGUGCCAAUCUUCUAAUGGCCUUUGUGCUGCACCAGGCUGGCCCCCCUCACAGCCACGGGUCUAGAGGGGCAGAGUAUGCGCCGCUGGAGGAAGGGCCCGGGGAAACCCUGCCCCUGGGGAACACCAGCGUCCGGGCAGCCUUUGUGCAUGUGCUGGGGGACCUCCUGCAGAGCCUUGGGGUGCUGGCUGCCUCCGUCCUCAUCUACUUCAAGCCUCAAUACAAGGCAGCUGACCCCAUCAGCACCUUCCUUUUCUCCAUCUGUGCCCUUGGAUCCACGGCUCCCACCCUCCGAGAUGUUCUCCGCGUCCUCAUGGAAGGUACCCCCCGAAGUGUGGGGUUUGAGCCUGUGCGGGAUGCCCUGUUGUCAGUGCCAGGAGUCCGGGCAACCCAUGAGCUGCACCUGUGGUCCCUUACGCUUACUUACCACGUUGCCUCCGCACACCUGGCCAUUGACUCCACGGCUGACCCUGAAGCUGUCCUGGCUGAAGCCACAUCCCGGCUCCACUCCCGGUUUGGAUUCUCCUGCUGUACCCUGCAGGUCGAGCAGUACCAGCCUGAGAUGGCCCAGUGCCUGCGCUGCCGGGAGCCCCCCCAAGCCUGAGGCCCAGCCCCAUCCCCACUCCACUGCCAGGCCCAGACUCAGCCCUGGACUCUCAGCACCUGCCUCCCUGCUCAUGGACAAGUAAUGGAGUUGGGCCCAUCCUCCUUCCUCUCUCCUCGCUUCCACCUGUCAACCCCUCAGCCCCAGUGGGCAAGACCAAAGUGUGUGUGGGGAGUGGGGCCAGAGUCAGGCCAAACAGGGAAAUCAGUGCAGUGGGGGUGUGUAGAAGUCCUGUGGUCCCCACUCCCCACGGUCUGCGGCGCCCCCAGCCUUCUUUCCAGGCAGUUCAUUUGUCUCUGUGGCUGGCUGGCUGGGGGCAUCUGCCUGUCUGUGCGCUGUUGGUGUGCCUGUGCCUGGGGGAGGUCAGCAGGGGCCCCCUCCCCAUGUGGCCCUCGCUCUGUCUAUGCAGGAGCCCCAAAGCCCGCACUUUGUCCGUGUGUUCUAGCCCUGUGGUUUUGUGUCUGUGCCUCUGUGUGUGCAUUUCUUGGUGCUGUGGCCUGUGUGUCUCUGUGCCUCUAUGGCUGUGCUGUGGUCUCUAUGAGUCUGCACCAUCCAUGUGUCCGUCUGAGGGUCUGUCUGUCCAUCCCUCUGUUGGUGCUGUGUCCUCAGCUCUCCCUGAGAAAGGGAGGACUCCGCCGUAGCUCCGCCAAUAAACUUGUGUCUAAAUGCAUCUUUCA